AGUCCAAGAACCGAAAGCCAAAAGACAAUGCUUAGAUUUGGACAACAACUUAUGCUGCUGGCGAUGGCCUGUUUGGCUUUGCAAACGGCCCACGGAUGGUUUUUGAAAGUGCCCAAGCUGGAGACGCUACUAGAGGCCAAGGAGGACAAGGAUGAGGCAAAGCUGGACUGGUUCGACGGCAAAAAGCAGAAGGAGCUGCUCAAGAAGCUGGAUAUCCUCAAUUUGUUCACCGAAAAAGAGGAGGACAAGCUUGAGAAGAAAACGGACGAGUGGGAGAAGUUCAAGCAGUGGUGGGACGAAAAGAAAGAAAAGGAGUUGUCCUUCUUCGAGGCCAAGAAGGAGAAGGAGCUAUCACUUUUCGAGACCAAGCUGUCCAAGAAGACUGGCAAAAAGAGCAAACCGAAGAAGAAGACCACAGUGAAGCCUUGCUACGGCUACCACGAUGAAACUAACGCUGGCUAUUAUUCAGAGGAGGAGCAGGAGGUGGUGACCGAAGGCGAGUACGAGGAAUCGGAGGAAGUCACCGCAAAACCCUACCGAAAAAGCUACGAACGUAAGAGCUAUGACAAGCCCACCUACUCAAUGCCCACAUUUUACGAUAUGAGGGACGCUUCGGCGGAGGGCGUACGCUACUUUACCUGAAUAAAGGACCAAGCAAAUUGGCUCGGAUGGAUGGACGGAUAUUUUUAUUUAUUGCAUUUUCUCUGGCCGCCGCCACCGCCGUGUCUCUCUUCACUUUUUACAUAAUUACAUUUUUAAUAAAUAUAAUUAAAAUUCAAA